AUGUUGGGAGUACCUCGAUUGAAAUCAGUUGCUUUACCACUUAGCCACUUUUAUGGCCUGUAUGCUUCAUCAAGCCGUUGGUAUAGUGAAAGUGUUGUUAAAUAUUCCGAGGUAGAUCAAAAAAAGAUUUUGGAGGUUAUAAAUAAGUCAGACAUUGAGACUUUAUCUAGAUAUGAUGUUACUAAAGGUAGGGUGAAAAAUAUUUCAAAAUGGAAACAGACAUAUGGACCAAUCAAAAGUGUUUCCGACAUAGAAACUAUUGAUGGUUUCAAUCAAAAAAAGGAAGUUGAAAAGUUAUUUGACAGCAUAGUAAAUGAUAAAGUGUCAUCAGAAAAAGAAACUAGAGUAUUAAAACAUAUCAAAGGGCAAAUAUUGAAACCUCCGUUGGCUGAAAACACUCGCCAGGCCGUAAGCUCCAUACUAACAGUGUAUGUUACUAUCAAUUCAGUAUCUUGGGCCUUGAUCGAGAAAAGCCAGUAUAAACUGCUAGACUGGCAGUAUCAUGGUAUUGAGUAUACAAAUAAUAAAAAUUCACAGUUGGGGGAUAUCUUAGAAGUAGCAUGGAAUAUCACAAAUAAGCUUCCUUCAACUGACAUAUAUGUGAUGAAGGGAGAAGCGACAAGCUUACGCGCGUCUGGCAGUGAUCCUAAUAAUCCAAAAAUGCUUGGUAUUAACCUGCAAAAGGCUCAGAUGAUAUCAAUGAUUGUUGCACUUUUAUCUGCGAGAAAUAUUCAUCAAGAAAAUAGUUAUGAGGAACACAACAACUCUAAUAUUGACAAUAUAAAAAUGAAGCACACCGUUUAUUUCUUACGUCCAUCUUUACCCUUUCGGUUGUACGGUACCUUAAUUGGAAAGGAGCAAGUGACAUCCGACCAGACUGUAGAAAUGCUACUCCAGAACCUAAACAGUAGAUCGCCAGAUCACACCCACGUCUAUGUACCAGACAAACUUAAGGCCUUAUUUAGGGCACAGCGGGAUCUCCCAAAGGACAUGAUGGCCCAAUGUCUGUUAUUCUCCUUAACUUUCAUGGAUCUGUGUAUUUAUAAAAAUAAAGAGAAAAUUGAUAAAAUGUUAUCUGAAAAGAGUAUAAUAUAG